UUAAGGUUUUUUUUUUUUUUUCCUUUCUAAAAUUUUUAGCUUCAAAGUGACUAUUUUAUUUAAAUUUGUUUAUUUAACACUUCUAUAAAGCUAUGAGUUCAUUUGAAAGUGGAAGCGUUCAUCAACGAGCCAUGAAAUCUGUUGAUGAUGAUAUCUUGAUAAAUAAACUCCUCCUCAGCCAUGAUCCAGAUGGCCGGAGUCUAGAUUCUGAGCAACUGCUUCAUGCCGUGGAGAAUAUCAUGUUUUAUUCAACCAUAUCAAAAUUUCAGGUUUUCGAUAAGCACAUUGAUCGGGCCAGCAACGUUGAACUAGUUGGAUCAGAGGAAUCACUAGAACACACCAUUUACAAAAUUUCUUACGAGAUGCUCUUCAACUCUGGGGAUGGAAAUCUACAUACAAGGACAAUGAAGAUGUUUGAUUUGCUGGGAAAUUAUAAAUGGGAUGCGAAAGUGGCACUAGUACUCGCAGCUUUUGCAUUAAGAUUUGGUGAAUUCUGCCUCACAAUGCAGCUAUCUCAGCAAAACCCCUUAGUAAAAAACAUUGCAAUUCUUAAGCAAGUACCAAGCAACACUACAAAACUGAAUCCCCAAAUGAAGGCUUUAUUAUUGCUGGUUAAGACAAUGGUAGACGCAACAAAGUGCAUCAUCAAGUUUGAAUCUCUGCCAAUUAGAGAUGUAGAACUGGAUAAGGAAACUCUAACUAUAACAAAGUCUUCAAUAUACAUUGCUGCUUACUGGAUCACUAGAAGCGCCUUGGCAUGCGCUUCUCAAGUCCUGAACUUGAAAGCCAUGAAAGCUGAGCAAGUGCAUCUCUCAAGUUUGAUGUACAGGCUGAGCAACAUAUUGAAUCACCUUAAGCCGCAUGUGGAUGCCCUUCAUCAAGAAUUAGAGACAAAGCUAUAUCAGAAGCUGGUGAACAUUUUUAAGGAGAGCCAUGAAGACAACCAAGAGGUGCUUCACUUGUUAUCUGCCCUUAAGGAAGGCUUGCCCCUCAAGGAUUGUUCUACACAAGUAAAGUUAGGCAUUUCUGAGCUGAAAAACAAGGUUGUCAUACUUUUGGUUUCAAGGCCGGAGAUCCUCCCAUUAGAGGAUUUGUUUUUGCUAGUUCACCAAAUACAUGAUCAUCCUCAUCGAAAGAAGUUAGAAGGAAUCUAUGCAAUUGUAUGGAUUCCCAUUUCAUAUUCUGGUAGCUGGACUGGUUCAGAAGAGGAGAGCUUCAACUUUCUUUCAAACUCUUUGCCAUGGUACUCGGUACGAAAACCAUGGUCACUCAACUCUGCAGUGGUAAACUUCUUCAAGAAAGAGUGGAAAUGUGAGGAAAAAACUACCAUGGUAGUCUUGGAUUCUCAAGGGAUGAUUACAAAUUUGAAUGCAAUUGAUAUGGUAUUAAUAUGGGGUCCAAAGGCAUACCCUUUUUCAAUUUCUAGACAAAAAGAGCUUUGGGAAGAAGAGAAAUGGACAAUGCAGCUAUUGAUCGAUGAAAUCGAUCCCUUUCUUGCUCAAUGGGUUGAAGAAGGGAGUAAUGUUUGUGUUUAUGGGAGCAACAACAUAGACUGGAUUAGAGAAUGCACUGAUAAAUUGAAGGAGAUUAAAAGUUCAGGUGUUCAGCUUAAGAUGGUAUAUGUUGGUAAGAAUGAUCCAGACGAACAUGUACACAACAUUUUGACCACUAUCAAUGAAGAGAUCCACAGAAACACACUCUCCUUCACAAAGAUGAAAUUCUUUUGGCUUCGAUUAGAGAGCAUCAGAAGAUUGAAAUUUCAACUAGGGAAGAGUAUUACUAGUCCUGAUCAUGUUCUGGAAGAGGUCUCAGCCCUAUUAGAUAUCAAUGGCAGCGAGCAGGGCUGGGCAGUAAUUGGGAAGGGACAGACAGCAGAAAUAGUAAGGACUCAAGGAAGGAAAAUCAUUGAAUGCUUGAGUCAGUUUGGAGAGUGGGGGGGAAAUGUAGGAAAGUUGGGAUUCAUAGGAGCACUUAGAACUGCCCUUGGGGACCCAGCAGCACCUCUGCAGACAGAGGCAUGUGGCCAUAUUGAUGUUGUUCCCUAUGACAAGGAGCUGAUUGAAGAAACUAUGGUAUGUCCGAAAUGCAAGCGCCUUAUGAAGAAGAAGUUUAUUUUGUAUGAAUAAAUGUGACUGAGUAGGCGAUUUACGCAACAUUAUUGCCUAAGAGUAGUUCAAGCUACUUGAUUUACUAACUGAAACAACAGUUUUAGAAGUGCCCGAAGAGGAUUAUGAUCAUCAAUAAUGUGGUAUGUAUUGUAAAGUACUUAGUGAUUCCUCCUCCGAGGCAUAAUUUGAAGAUGCUUUUAACUUUAAUUUUGCUUACUCCUUUACCUUGUUCUUAACUUCCUACUUUUAUAUAUCAAACAGAAGGCACUUUGGUCUUUUUGGGAGAAUAUAUGUAAGUUUUAUUC